AUGUCCGCGGAUCAAUCAGCGGCUCCAAGCUGGAGUCACGGCCUCCUCCGCGGCCAGCGCACCCGCUCGUACGGCAGCCUGGUGUCCUCUUCACAAUCACCCGUCAGACAAAGAAGAAUUGAACACAAAGUUCAGCCUGGUGAAACUCUGCAAGGACUGUCACUGAAGUAUGGCGUGUCUAUGGAGCAAAUCAAAAGGGCAAACAGACUGUACACAAAUGAAUCAAUAUUCCUGAAGGAGUCCCUCUUCAUCCCUGUGCUGACGGAGUCUGUGUCUUUCACAAAUGGAGUGGAAUUGACCGAGGAGGAGACGAGUCCAGCACAAACACACACUCUGAUUUCUAAUGAGACUCCCAAAAGCCAAACAGACUCUAGCAAAUGUGAAGCGAAUGCUGAUCUGUCACCGGUUGAGUACCUGAAAAAGAUAGACAGCUUGAUCAGUCAGUCCAAGCAAGCUGCUGUGAAGACCUUCCAGGACGGAGAAAAACAGUUCUCUUCUGUAGAGCAUCUUAAGCACAGUCUGACCUGCAGCACAGCAACAUCCCAGCAGGCCAUAUUGGGAGCUGUUCCUGUUACCAUCACCAAACGCACCAGGAAUUUGAGGGAUAGUGAAGAUGAGAUGUUCCAGCUCUGAUGUAGGCAUUUACUAGGGCUCUCCUGACUUACUUCUGUGUUAUUUGUAUGAAUGCACUGUUUUAGAAGGCUCCCACUUCUGCAUUCACGUCUAUACAAUGUGGAGACUGCUGGAGUCAUUUGCAAUAGUGGUGUUUUAUAAAACUACUGCCAGCAAGACAGGCACAUAAAUUAGCACUGCUAUAACACUGUAGCCCGAUACCGAAAAAUAUCUGUAUCUCUUAAAAGCUCAACCAAAGUAAUGACUGUUUUUGUUUGUAUAAAAGUGCUAACCAGGAAUGUAGCUUGAGAAAUAGUUCUACUUGUAGAUAAUAUUUAAUACUACCUCACACAUACUCAAUAGAAAUGCCUUAGAUUUCAGGAAAUUGGAGGAAGAUAUGCUUUAGGAAUGUGCCAUUGGGAAAUCGAUCAGAUGUUAACACAAUGCGUAGUUUUGCACUGCAUCAUCUUGGUUUUGUAAUGUUUACAAUGUGCUAAAGUGUCUAAUACUGUUUGUGGUUACCAAAUCAUGAUAAAGGCUUUGUUUUCAUUUGCUAGAGCAUUUGUGUUUGGCAUCAGUGAUUUGUGAACUUCAGACUUACAACCGUAAAUGAAUGCGCUUUGAAACUCUCAGGUCAAAUGCCAAAAACUCAACUUCAGUAUGAAGUCUUGCGUGAUAUUCAGUGGCAAAGAACAGAUGAUCUAAGCAGUGUGUAACAAAAUCAUGCAUUGUGUUCCUCCAGGUA